AUGGGCCUCAAUCUGCCCGAUCCGCUGCCGCUGCUGGCGCGGACCCAGGCCCGCCGCCUCCGCGUCCCGCUGCUGGUGGCCGUCGUGUCCUUUUUUGCUGCAGGCGCACUGCAGCUGUGGUGCUGGGUUGAGGGCUGGUACCAUUUGCUGAUUGGUCUUCCUGACCCGGUCUGCAAGGGUGUGCGGCAAUGGUUGCUCAUGUAUCUCUUGGCUUUGACCAUGGCUCCUUUUAUGUACGUGGUGGCCGUUCCGGUCGUCCUCUAUUAUGCCAUCUACGGCGGUCCUCUCGUGGCUUCGGAGUCUGCCGCGUGCUGGAAGAAGGCUCCGGACUUGCGUGUCUUCAUCCUGAAUAUCCAAAAACGCAGCUUGUGGACCGUGAUCGCGAUGCUGCUGCUGACGCUGUCGCUUAUGGUGCUCAGGUAUCGUGUUUCCAGCCUGCGUCGGAUGUGGGACUCAUCGGGUCCGGCAUUGGAGACAGUGAUUAACUCCAUCGUGGAGGCCCCGGCUGUGACGGUGGAGCCUGGCACUGAAUGUGCUAUCUGCCUCGAGACGGAUGCUGCCGACGGCAGCAGCUGGAAGGCACUACCAUGCCACCAUGCAUUUCACGAGGACUGCCUCCUUCACUGGCUGCGUUGUGGCCGUCGUUGUCCGCUGUGCCGCCUGGACCUGGUCCAGGCACUGCUCCCCACAGAGAGUGGGAACGCUACCGCCGCCCCUGCAGAUGCAGCACCUCAUGCACCUGACACAGCGAGUUCAGCGAACGUGCAGCUAGGCCAGAUGGCAGGUGAGAGCGACACACCCGCCGUCUGA